AUAUAUAUAUAUAUAUAUAUAUUUCAUUUGGUAUGUAGCUGAUGUGCAUUACAGCAAUUUAGUUUAAGUUUUCGAACAGACUGUCUUCAAAACACAUUCAGAUUGAAAAUGUUUAUCAUCAAAUGUAAUUGAAUUAUGCUCCAAAAAUGAAACCCACUGACUGCACUUGUAUGAAAUAGUCACUGGACAACAAAAAAUAAUAAUAAUAAUAAAUACCUCAAAGCAAUUAUAAAUGGAAUCUAUUGAAAUUUCGCCUUCAUCACCGUCAACAUCAUUAUCAUCAGUAUCUAUGGGCAACGGGACUAGUACAUCAUCGAUGGAAGAGUCUAUAAGCAUGAAUAUUACAGAGGGAUUUUCGGCUGAAAGUUUUUAUAAGGCUGUUACAUCAAGUGUACAUGAAAUCAUUAAUACAAUAACACCCUUCCAUUACAUCAUGAUCAUAUUACCACGCCACAUUCAGAAUUUGCUUGUGUUGGAAGUGAAUUGUCUGAACCAGAUUUUCAACUUUAUGCCUGUUCUGGUAGUAAGAUUACAUCAUGGAUUGCUAGUGUAUUUUUGAUAUGUAUGAGUAUAUUCGGUAUCAUAAAAUGUCUCGGAACUCAUGGAAUUCUUAAUAUUUGCGACCUACGACGUAGUGGAAUAAGUUUCCCUAAACGACCAGAAUUCUUUGUGCUGACUUGUUCAACUUUACCACUUGUUGUCAGUGUUCUUUCAAGACCGUUAUUCACACCUUUAUCCCCUAUGCAUAAAUACUUUAUCCUAGGAUGGGGUAUGGCACAGACACGUUUCUUUUUUGAUUUAUUCACAAGAACUGCUACUAUUUAUCACCUUGUUUAUUGGGUCUAUCGUACACCGAUUAUACACUUAAUCUGGCAUAUCUGUUUCAUAUGUGAACUUCAAUGUAAAAAAAUACACGAAAAUGCAAAAACACUGUUCCAACGACGAAAAUCUGUUACUAAAACUGUUAAAGCAUCACCAAAACGUUAUGGUAAACAACAGCCAACUAGUCGAGGAAGAACUACUGAAUGGGGUUAUGCUGAUAAAAGGCGUAAAUCACGAUCGGGUAAGAGUUUUCGUACAACUAGUGGUGAUUCGGUACCGUCGCCUAAAUCAUCGUCCACUAAUAAUUCAAGCGGUUUGAAUGAAAAGAACAACAUACCCACUCCAGUUGUCAAUGCUGGUGGAGUGAGUCUGAUUGCACCACAGCCGUUGAUUCCUGGCUCGAUUAACCAGUUACCACCUGAUAUGGUACCUAAUUUAAAUGGUAUAAUGAAUCCUUAUGGACAAAUGAUGGUUAUGCCAGAUGGUUAUAACAUGUUUCCUGGAGGAGCUGUCGGCCAACAAACAAAUCCAUAUGCAAUGAAUAUGGGGUAUGGAAUGGGCUAUGGAAUGCCAAUGAAUAUGGGCAAUUAUAUAAAUCAGGUAAAUGCUUAUAAUCAAGCCAACUUUAUGUAUCCUAUGGCAAACGGAAUGAAUUCGGAUACAGGAAAAGAUAGUUCUACUAAUACAACAGUAACGGAUAAGCCAUUGCUCAAUGACACAUCAGAAAAAGCAGCACAGAUUAAACAAAAACCCAAGAUUGAAAUUCCACCACCCACUAAACAAUUUCUCUACCGCUGUAAACGCAUUCUACCAGGUUGCAUUUAUAUAGCCUCUUUUCUAAUUACUCUGCCGUCGAUUGCUGCAUUUGAACCAGAAGAAGUAGACGGUAUGACUCUAGCUAGAUGUACUACAAUGUGUCGUUCUUAUUUUUAUUACGAUUUGGUUGUAUUGAUCACCCUACCAACCGUUUCAGUGAUCACUGCCUUCUACUAUUCUGCAUUAAGCAAAAAGCAGAUUAACGGAGAACGAAAAAUGACAUAUCGUUUAAGAUGCUAUUAUGUAACAUUCAUCCUGUUAAAUAUUCCAAUGUUUGUUUUAAUGCUGACGUCUAUUGGUUUCCGUUUAAGUGAAAAACCAUAUCGUAAUAUUUAUGGGACUGGUAUAUUGAUUGCUAUGACUGCUUAUCAUACAAAUUUCGCUUUAAAAUCAACCGUCUAUACAACAGGUUGUAAUUGUAUUUGUUGUUCAGAUAGCUGUUUAAUUCGAUAUCCAAAAGUUGGUAGAAUGAUUGCUUCAUUUACAACUCCAGUAGCUGUUAAAGAUAAAGAAGCCCUGCUAGAAGGUAUGGUUAUUCCAGUACGUUAUGAAAAAUAGGCAGCCUACAUAACAGAAAAAAAAAUGAGAUUUCCCUGAAUUUUACUCCUCUAUACAAUGAUCAGAAACAAACAUUUUUGUGAUCUGUAUCAAUCACUGGUAAAACUGUUACACACAUAAAUACAAAUUCAGAAGAUGUUUCAUUACCCUACAUUCAGUUGUGGAAAAAAACUGAUUGUAUUAUUUAUCUUGUACAUUCAAUGUUCAAUGGAAUACACAUACUUUACAUUUUGUUUAAAUCGAUAUGUUAUUUAAGUGUAGAUAUUAUUUGAAAAUAUUUUUCGCUUGCAAAAUAAGUAAACAGUUUAGCUUAUUCUUAUUAUUUCCUGUAUUAAAACAUUACAUGACAAAAAUGAGUGAAAUAGCUUCAACUUUUAUUUUAAUAUCCACAAGCAAGAGUAAACUGGAUUAACUGUCUUUUGUAAAGCAUAAAAAAUUUCGAUCAGAUUUUUAUAUUUCAGUGCUACAAAUUAUUAAUUAAGCGUGAAACAAAAAUCUGUGGCUGUCAUUUUCUGUUCAGGAAUAUAGAAUUCUCCUGGAAGUUGUACAUUAUCUUAAUAUAACCAUCACUUGAACAGAACUUUUCCAGUACUAACAGUUGCAGUCUACGUUAAGUUAAAAUAUUUUUUCUUAGGACGUUUCAUAAAACUCUCUGGUCAUGAUGUAGAUGGAUGCACAUUUCGUCCCAUUUAGGACUCGUCACCUGUAUGUAUUUAUAAUCCCCACUGAGUGAUAAUGUUCUCACUGAGGCUCAAACCCAGCAUCCACCGCUUUAAAUACCAGAAUGUUAUCCACAACAUUUAGACAACGAAUCCCAAGGAGAGAGAAACGCGUACCACAGAUUCCCUUGCUAGGCGUUAUCCACUAAAUAACACGAAGUUAAUCCUCAGACAUUCUUGAGGCGUCCGUACUAGGAAACACACAUUUAACUUAAACUCCAUGACCAUGUUCAGACAAGUGAUCAGUGCUGGGAAUGACAGCUCAUCUGAUAGCACACACACACAUGUCUUGUGUAUUUCAUUUCAAUGGAUCAUAUAAAGGUCUGAUCAAGAUUAUCAAAUAUCCACAGAACACUUCCCAGUGCUAGGCAUAUGACUGCAUAAAAACUCCACUGCAAAGCUCUGUCAUACGAAAAAUAUGGUCAGGAAAGUGCGUGAACACCAUUUCAUAACUAUCCAUCACUUUGUGGUACAGGCUACACAGACAAACAGUUCUAUUCUCUCCUAAUUACUACUCAUUUAGACUGUCCAACUGUGAUGUCGUCCUUUUACAAAAAUCUGGACAGUAUAUCCAUGAGUAGCAGAUCUGUUCCAGCUGCUUUUCGUUGAUGUCACAUUUGCUUUACAGGAACUGAGUCACACUAGUUUUGCUUUUGACAAGGGACUGACUGAGAAAAUAUCCUCAGACCAUUGCUAGAUACAGGUGAUUCUUCUAAUCCACGCGUUAACUGCAGUUUCUGGCCGUUUUAGUCUGUAUUUCUUCACGUAAAUAAUAAACACACCCUACUUAUUCGAGGUUUGAUGAGUUGAAUUGGUAGGAAACGGAAAGUUAUAAGGAGCUCAAAAGCUCUCUAUCAAUUAGAUUGGUGUUUUUUUAAUAACAUAAUCAAAUUAACUAACUGUUAUCACUGUGCCUUGCAGGGACUUUUUAUGUUUAUUUUUAACUUCAGAAGAAUUAAUUACCCACUGUGUUAUGCUUGGUUACAAUACUAGUUAAGCCAAGUUAGUUGUUGACACUCUGUACAGAAAUUCAUAUACAGCCAUUAAGAUGCAACACACCCAGCUAAUCAAUCCCAAAUAGGUUGGAACAUGCGUUACGCU